CCUAAAAUUACGCGCUGGAAGGCGCUCUGCCGUUUGUGGCGGCACUCUUUCGUUGUUGAUAAACACCAACAACAAUAAAGGACGGCUCGGCCGACAGCCGAGUAUUUCGCGAUCUUAAUUCGGCGUUGUUAAUCGUCGAGCAAAUCUAAGAACGAGAUUAUUCAAAAUAAUACCGUCAACGAAAGUAAGACACAACGACGGCGUGUCAAGGAAACGACGACGUCGAGCGUGACGUUGAGGUUAUGGAUAAUUUCGUCAAGAUCGAAAAAAUAGGGGAAGGGACGUAUGGGGUGGUAUAUAAAGCGAAGGAUAAGCUGACCGGCAAAUUGGUGGCGCUCAAGAAGAUUCGUUUAGAGACGGAAAGUGAAGGCGUACCAUCGACUGCUAUACGGGAGAUAUCGCUCUUGAGGGAACUUGCCCAUCCAAAUAUUGUCCAGUUAUUUGAUGUUGUGGAUGGUGAUAAGCAUUUAUAUCUUGUAUUUGAGUUUCUCCAACAGGAUCUUAAAAAACUAUUAGACUCUGUAAAAAGUGGCCUGGAUCAAGCUCUUGUGAAGAGCUAUCUCUAUCAGUUACUAAAGGCGAUUUCUUUUUGUCAUCUACAUCGUAUUUUACAUAGAGACUUGAAACCACAAAAUCUGUUAAUUGAUCGCGAAGGCUACAUAAAAUUAGCUGACUUCGGUCUAGCUAGAACUUUUUUGAUUCCCGUAAGAACGUAUACACACGAAGUAGUGACGCUCUGGUAUCGUGCACCAGAGAUUCUGUUAGGAACUAAGCUAUAUUCAAGUGCAGUGGACAUAUGGAGCCUUGGUUGCAUUUUUGCAGAAAUGGCUACCAGAAGAGCACUCUUCCCAGGUGAUUCUGAGAUAGAUCAAUUGUUUAGAAUAUUUCGUACACUUGGAACGCCAGAUGAAACUAUCUGGCCGGGUGUAUCACAGCUUCGUGAUUAUAAAUCAAUGUUCCCUAGAUGGGAGCCGUGUGAUUUGGACGAAGUCGUACCUUCUUUAGAUGCCGAAGCCAAAGACUUACUCAUGAAACUCUUGAUAUAUGAUCCCAAUGAAAGGAUAACAGCUAGAAAGGGUUUGAAUCAUCCGUAUUUUUCCGGUGUAAAAUUAGUCCCACCGCCCUUGCCAAAGAAAAAGUGACAUAGAUUUAUGACACUUGGACUCACAGAAUACCAUAUUUCCUAUUUAGAAUGUACAAUAUCGUUUAAAAUAAUGAUUAAGGUACAAUACUAUAGAGAUGUUUUAUUAAGGAGACGGUGUAAUUUUGAUAUACUACGAAGUGUUCAUUUAAAUAUAUAUUUGAUAAAGUUUAAAUUAAAUAAACAAUUUAUAUUCUGC